AUGGCGUCUGGCUACGACAGAGCUCUCUCAGUCUUCAGUCCCGAUGGACACGUCUUCCAAGUCGAAUAUGCCGGUGAAGCCGUCAAGCGAGGUACCUGCGCAGUAGGCGUCAAGGGUUCCGACAUUGUCGUCUUGGGCUGCGAGAAGCGAUCGGCCAUGAAGCUGCAAGACACCAGAAUUACACCAUCCAAGAUCUGCCUCGUCGACACGCAUGUCUGCUUAGCCUUUGCCGGCCUCAACGCCGACGCCCGCAUCCUGGUCGACAAGGCCCGGCUAGAGGCCCAAUCCCACAGACUGACCGUCGAGGACCCCGUAUCGAUCGAGUACAUUACCAAAUACGUUGCCGGCGUGCAGCAGCGGUACACUCAGAGUGGUGGUGUCCGGCCGUUUGGUAUCAGCACCAUGAUUGUGGGCUUCGACAAGGGCACAAAGACCCCACGUUUGUACCAGACAGAGCCCAGCGGUAUCUACAGUGCAUGGAAGGCAAACGCCAUCGGCCGCUCUAGCAAGACGGUACGCGAAUUCUUGGAGCGCAACUACAAGGAGGACAUGGACCGAGAGGCUACUAUCCGACUCGCCAUCAAGUCGUUACUCGAGGUUGUGCAGACUGGCGCCAAGAAUAUCGAGAUCGCCAUCAUGGCACCAGGCAAGCUUAUUGAGAUGCUGCCCGAGGGAGACAUUGAGAGCUACGUCAAGAACAUUGAGGAAGAGAAGCAAGAAGAGGCUGCCAAGAAGAAGACAGGCCGGACGCCAGGUACUGGCAGCGCUGCCAUUCUGACCAGAGGCAGUGAUGACAAAUAA